AUGCGUGGUCCAGGUCAUGCUGCAGCACCGGUUUCGUCAGGUAGCGAUGCAGCCGUUGGCCAAAACGCCUAUGACUGUGUGAUACCACCCAUGGAAAAGGCUGUAGUGAAAACAGACAUUCAAAUUGCACUUCCUUCUGGAUGCUAUGGUCGAGUAGCACCACGUUCUGGUUUAGCUGCAAAGCACUUCAUAGAUGUUGGCGCUGGUGUUAUUGAUGAGGAUUACAGGGGAAAUGUUGGUGUGGUACUCUUCAACUUUGGCAAGGAGACUUUUGAAGUUAAAAAAGGGGAUAGGAUUGCCCAGCUCAUCUGUGAACGCAUUUACUAUCCUGAGCUAGAAGAAGUUCAAGCUCUAGAUGAUACAGAACGUGGCGAAGGUGGCUUUGGUUCUACGGGAAAGAACUGAAAAUGAUUUGAAUAUGCUUUCUAUAUUUUUUAUUUUGUUAUGCUAUUUCUAAGUUUUCAUUUGAAUUAGAAGUGGGAUUUUGGAGUACAUAAAACAAAAUGCAAGUUUUAUUCAGAAUUCUCUGUAUCUGUCCUCCUGUCUAUUUUUACAGGCAGUGGAUUCAUCUGCAUUAUGGGGAAACGUGCAUGAGUGACUGGAUUGAUUAGUUGACAGAUUAUUUUUUCUUUUUAUAGAUGUUCAGUCCUCAGUAAUAAGAACUCAUUGUUUAUGUGCUGAUUAUACUCUAAUAAAUUAAAAAAAAACUUAAUGA